GGGUUAUGGUUAUAAGUCUAGCCUCCUUCAUGAAACUUGGUUAAACCACAUCUUCGACAGCAGAUAGCGUCAACACUGGACAAUAAAAUAAUCCAACAGGGGAAUUUUCUUAGCUGAACACUAAAACACAAGUGUGCAUGUAAACAGAAAAACUUGUUUUGGUUUUAGCUCUUUAUAUCAUACAAAAUCUAAUACCCGCUCUUCGGUAAAAAUAAUUUUAGAAUUAAUUUCCUUAUAGACGGACCACUGGACCACUGUUAUCGGUGUUCUGAUAGUUCUGACAGCAUCUGAAGGCAUCAUUAGAAGUGCGUCCUGCACUUUCCUCUAAGCCAGUUGUUGACCUGUUGAGUAAUAUGCCGUCUGCCUUUCUCCGCUGAGCAGGACUGCUAGCCGUGUGACCGCUUCCCACUGUCCGCUCUCAGGUCUGCCCUGCCAUGGUCGACCUAAACGGCGGCUGGAACCUGUCUUUCGCCGGGUGCGGGUUUCUGGGAAUUUACCACAUCGGAGUUGCUAGCUGCUUGCAGGAGAAAGCGCCCUACCUCAUCGAAGGGGCCACCAAGUUGUACGGGGCCUCUGCCGGCGCUCUGACCGCCUCGGUGCUCGCUAGCCAGGCGUCCCUAGCCCAAUGUUGUGAAGAUGUGAUCCAGGUGGCAAAAGAGGCCAGGAAAAGGAACCUGGGCCCCCUUCACCCCAACUUCAACCUGGUCAAGGUGUUAAAGUCUGGCCUGAAUCGGGACCUGCCCUCUGAUGCACAUGUCCUGGCCUCGGGGCGGCUGUGCGUCUCGCUAACCCGAGUGUCUGACGGGCAGAAUGAGCUGGUGUCGGAGUUCAACAGCAAAGAGGAACUCGUCGAGGCGCUGAUCUGUAGCAGUUUCAUUCCCAUCUACUGCGGGCUGAUUCCUCCAUCCUUCAGAGGAGUGCGUUACGUGGAUGGCGGGAUCAGCAACAACCUGCCGCAGUCUGAUUUGAAGAACACCAUCACCAUCUCUCCCUUCUCUGGCGAGUCUGACAUCUGUCCCCGUGACGACUCCACCAGCUUCCACGAGCUGCGCUUCACCAACACCAGCAUCCAGAUGAACCUGGGCAACAUGUACCGCCUCAGCAGGGCCCUGUUUCCCCCGGAAACCAAGGUAAUGGCUGACAUGUGUCAGAGCGGUUAUAAGGAUGCUCUGCGCUUCCUUGAAGAAAACAACCUGCUGAUGCUCGAUCGUCCAACCUCGGGCCCCGCCAUGCCAGAGAGCCCGCCCACCACCUGCUGCUGUAAGCCUACAGAAACCACACAAGAGUGGGUGCUUCGGAGGCUCCGCCUACUGCGAAAACAGCACUGGUGGCUAGAUGAGCAGAUUGAUCUGCCCACGCCCAUCAAGAAAGUGUUCUGUGAGGCCUGCCAAGACAAAUCCGGCCUGUAUACCAAGGUGUCCGAGAUGCUGCCAGUCAGAGUGGCCUCCUACAUGCUCAUGCCAUACACACUUCCUGUACAGUCGGCCUACUCAGUAGCCCAGAGGUUUGUGGAGUGGAUCCCAGAGGUGCCAGCUGAUAUGCGCUGGCUGUGUGGGGUGGCAGGUGACAUGUACCAACAGGCCUGGAAAGGAGCACCGGCUAGCUCUAUUGGUGAGAAAGGCCUGAGGAAAUGCCUGAGUGCGCCGCCUCUACCUACAGAGUGUGAGAAACCAAUGCAGAGAGACAACCUGCCUGCUCUUUCCUCCAUAGAGCUCCACGGUAACUCCUGGGAGAACGCCAAAUCUACCUCCUCCUCGUCCCAAAAUCAUUCUCGCAUCAUCCCCUCCUCUCCGCAACAAGUCUGCUUCUAUGUCGGCUCACAGGGUGAUCAGCAGUAAAAUGAUUCAGGACCAGAACUUUAACAACGAUUUGGUCAAAUGUCCACUUUCUGUGAGGAGCUGGUGGAUUGAUGGACUGGUUAAAUAUUGAACCAAUGGUGCGUAAAUGUUUUAAGGAAACACACAUUUAUCUCUGACUCUGAACACUCCAGGCAGCACCGAUAUUUCACUGGGUGCUCUGGGAGACAGUGUCACAACUCACCCAGGAUCAUGGAUGUGUUUUAUUAUCUCUUUUAAUGCACAGCACAGAAAUGUGUCUAGUUUCACAGUCUCACUACAACCCUACCUACCUGUUUGUUUAACAUAUACUCAAACGUAACAGUCAUUCCUCAUUCCAGUACAGCUUAUUGAAUCAAGAGCAGGGUUCCCACACAUCUGUCAUGGACAACAUUUCAAAACUUUUCCAUGACUUUUCAAGGACCCGUAAUAAGAUUUCAAUGGGCAUUUACAACAUGUCACACGAAUAUAACUGUAUACUACACUUUACUCCAAAUGUUAAUUAUUGUAUGAAAAGCUUUUUUCAAUCUAAAUGUUUAUAUUAGUUGAAGUACUUCAAACUACAGGCACAGUCAAUCCACUUCCUUUAUUAUAUCAGGCUGGAACUGGCUUUCCAGCAUGAGGAGAAACCAGACCGAUUGUACUAUCAGUGCAUUUUUAAUGCAUUUGAUUGUAAAAUCAUUUUGGGAUGCAAAAACAAUGCAUACAUACUACAUAAUAUUUCAUAGCUCUCUAUUCAAUUAAAUUCAAUUUUAUUUAUAGUAUCAAAUCAUAGCAGUAGUUAUCUCAAGACACUUUACAGAUAGAGUAGGUCUAGUGGCAAUAAUAGUCACAAUAAAGAUAAUGCUACUGUAACUAGAAAUAAUAGUUGUUCAGGGCUUAGUAGGGCAUAGAAGGGCGUAGCAGGGUAUAGCAGGGAGUAGCAGGGUAUAGUAGGGCGUAUCAGGGCAUAGUAGGCGUAUCAGGGCAUAGUAGGGCAUAGUAGGGCUGCUCACAGAUACAAAUUGCAGCGGUCAUUAGAGAGCCAUGAAAUAUUAAAUGAUCACCUCCCCGGUCUUAUUCAAACGUAUCAGAUUCAAACAUAAUUUCAGCUAGCUGGAGGGAGAGAUGGAACGCAGGGAGAUAACGAUAAAACGUACUGUACGUGAUGGUAAACAAAACACACAUCAACGCAGAUUAGAGCUACAGCACGUCUACAGCUUCAGUCAAUAAUACAUGGAGGGUUAUCCAUGAAAGAUUGCUGUAACAACUAAUUACAUUUAACACGACAAAAUCCCUUGACUUUUCCACGCCUGGAAAAUGAGAUUUUAACAUUCCAUGACUUUUCCAGGUUUUCCUCGACCGUGUGAAGUGUCUCUAUAUAUCUGUCUGUUUAGGUCAUGUCUGUUUUUACAGUAGUGAUGUCUACAGGCACCAAAUGACGACUUCUAGGGUACACGAUGCAACUUCUGGCAGCCAUAUUGGAGGACUGUCGGCCUCUUUAUUAAUUUAAAGAUCCCCUCCUUCUGUUUUUCUUAUGUUUAAGUUCCCUUAAAAUAUGAUAUCUUGAC